CAGUCGCCGCUCCUUUAACAAGGUGGCACUGUUGUUGAGCUGCUGGGCUAGAGACAGCACAGCCUCAAAGGACGGGAGGCUUUUUCCCUUCUAACAGAGAUGACUGUGAGCUGCCGUGGCCCCUGUAGACACAGGAGAUAGGAUCCAUUGGCUUCUUCUCACUGCUACCGUUAGUGUCAUAAGACGGUGUUAUCUGCGCUGCUGCCUGUACCACUCCACCGCUGUCGCUGCUGCUCUCCCUGCCUCUGAUCCUUGUGGGCAGAGUGGGAUGGAAGCCCUCGCUGGAAGCCUGUUCAUGGAAAUGCUCUUUGCCGCUGUUUGCGCUGUAGCUCCGUGCUGGUGACAACAUGCCGUUAAAAUGGAAAAGUGGUUCUCCUGUCAGCUGGAAAUUCCCAGUGCAAGUUCUUAAGACAUCCAGGUCCUCUCCGCUCUCUCCUGCCUAUAUCCACCAGCACUCCUUUGUGGUAUGGACAACCCACUCUCUCCUUGCUGCUUCUCCGACUUACCACCUGACAGGAUCCCUCGUGGAGGACGACGACCCUCACAUGAAAGUGUCGCUGGGGUGUGGUGACAUGGGCAUCUCUGCCCACCUACAGGCUUCCAAAACAGGAAACACUCGCUUCUUCACGAGCAACACACACAGUUCAGUGGUCCUUCAGGGAUUUGACCAGCUGAGGAUAGAGGGAUUACUGUGUGAUGUCACGCUGGUGGCGGGGGACGGAGACGAAGCCUUCCCAGUACACCGUGCCAUGAUGGCCUCCUCCAGCGACUACUUCAAAGCCAUGUUCACAGGUGGAAUGAAGGAACAGGAUUUGAUGUGUAUCAAGCUUCAUGGUGUCAACCGAAUAGGCCUGAAGAAGAUCAUAGACUUCAUCUACACGGCCAAGCUGUCUCUCAACAUGGAGAACCUGCAGGACACACUGGAGGCAGCCAGCUUCCUCCAGAUCCUCCCGGUGCUAGACUUCUGCAAGGUCUUUCUCAUAUCUGGGGUGUCCCUGGAUAACUGUGUGGAGGUGGGGCGCAUCGCUAACACAUACAACCUCACGGAGGUAGACAAAUACGUCAACAACUUCAUCCUCAAGAACUUCCCCUCGCUGCUGGGCACGGGGGACUUUGUCAAGCUGCCCUUUGAGCGGCUGGCCUUCGUUCUGUCUAGUAACAGUCUGAAGCACUGCAGCGAGCUGGACCUGUUCAAGGCUGCAUGCCGCUGGCUCCGCUAUGAGGACGGACGCAUGGACCACGCCCCGAAGCUCAUGAAGAACAUCCGCUUCCCCCUCAUGAACCCCCAGGAGCUCAUCAACCACGUGCAGACUGUGGACUUUAUGCGCACAGACAACACCUGUGUCAACCUCCUCCUGGAGGCCAGCAACUAUCAGAUGAUGCCCUACAUGCAGCCGGUCAUGCAGUCAGAGAGGACGGCCAUCCGCUCAGACAGCGGCCACCUGGUCACCCUUGGCGGCGUCCUGCGCCAGCAGCUGGUGGUCAGUAAGGAGCUGCGUCUGUUUGAUGAGAAGGCCCACGAGUGGAAGGCGCUGGCGCCCAUGGACGCCCCCCGCUACCAGCACGGCAUCGCCGUCAUCGGCAACUUCCUCUUCGUGGUGGGAGGCCAGAGCAACUACGACACCAAAGGCAAGACUGCGGUGGACACGGUGUUCCGGUACGACCCGCGCUACAACAAGUGGAUGCAGGUGGCGUGCCUUAACGAGAAACGCACCUUCUUCCACCUCAGCGCUCUCAAGGGACACCUCUACGCCGUGGGUGGCCGCAACGCUGCCGGAGAGCUGGCCACAGUGGAGUGCUACAACCCCAGGACAAACGAGUGGACGUACGUCGCUAAAAUGAACGAGCCACACUACGGCCAUGCAGGGACGGUGUACGGUGGUUACAUGUAUAUUUCAGGGGGAAUCACUCACGACACGUUUCAGAAAGAGUUGAUGUGCUUUGACCCAGAUGCAGACAAAUGGACUCAGAAAGCGCCCAUGACCACGGUGCGUGGCCUGCACUGUAUGUGCACGGUGGGCGACCGCCUCUACGUCAUCGGGGGGAAUCACUUCCGGGGCACCAGCGACUACGAUGACGUGUUAAGCUGUGAGUACUACUCCCCGGCCCUGGACCUGUGGACGCCCAUCGCCGCCAUGCUGCGGGGCCAGAGCGACGUGGGUGUGGCCGUGUUCGAGAACAAGAUUUACGUGGUUGGAGGCUACUCAUGGAACAACCGCUGUAUGGUGGAGAUAGUGCAGAAGUACGACCCGGAGAAGGACGAGUGGCACAAAGUGUUUGACCUGCCUGAGUCGCUGGGCGGGAUCCGAGCCUGCACACUGACCGUGUUUCCUCCAGAGGACUUGAUGGGCUCCCCCUCCAGAGAGUCACCCCUCUCAGCACCUUGAAGAACAGGGGGGGGGAGCCCACCCCGCUCCUCUCACACCCCCACAACCCCCAACACCCUAUAGACAUUGUUUGCACUUCUUCUUUGGACUACAUCUGUACUGCAUCCCGAUACAACCCUUCCUCCCCCAAAGCUGUGCAGAACCCCCCUCCCUAGUAAUGAAAUCCACAUACCGAUAUGGUUUGGCAACCUAAUUACAUGUUAAUGUUACAUAUUCGGUAUAUUUUGGCAGGAAAUACCUUGACUUGAAGAGUGACUUUGCAAUUCAACUUUUCUACCUGAUGUCUUUGAAGUUUUAUUAUAUCCUUUUUCUUUAGACGUUUUAGCGGGUAAAAACCAUGCUGUUGGUUACCAUACUGACUCUGUUUUAGUCUGCCAGGUUAAAACCAUGCUGUUGGUAACCAUACUGACUCUGUUUUAGUCUGCCAGGUUAAAACCAUGCUGUUGGUUACCAUACUGACUCUGUUUUAGUCUGCCAGGUUAAAACCAUGCUGUUGGUAACCAUACUGACUCUGUUUUAGUCUGCCAGGUUAAAACCAUGCUGUUGGUAACCAUACUGACUCUGUUUUAGUCUGCCAGGUUAAAACCAUGCUGUUGGUAACCAUACUGACUCUGUUUUAGCCUGCCAGGUUAAAACCAUGCUGUUGGUUACCAUACUGACUCUGUUUUAGUCUGCCAGGUUAAAACCAUGCUGUUGGUUACCAUACUGACUCUGUUUUAGUCUGCCAGGUUAAAACCAUGCUGUUGGUAACCAUACUGACUCUGUUUUAGUCUGCCAGGUUAAAACCAUGCUGUUGGUUACCAUACUGACUCUGUUUUAGUCUGCCAGGUUAAAACCAUGCUGUUGGUUACCAUACUGACUCUGUUUUAGUCUGCCAGGUUAAAACCAUGCUGUUGGUUACCAUACUGACUCUGUUUUAGCCUGCCAGGUUAAAACCAUGCUGUUGGUUACCAUACUGACUCUGUUUUAGUCUGCCAGGUUAAAACCAUGCUGUUGGUAACCAUACUGACUCUGUUUUAGUCUGCCAGGUUAAAACCAUGCUGUUGGUAACCAUACUGACUCUGUUUUAGCCUGCCAGGUUAAAACCAUGCUGUUGGUUACCAUACUGACUCUGUUUUAGUCUGCCAGGUUAAAACCAUGCUGUUGGUAACCAUACUGACUCUGUUUUAGCCUGCCAGGUUAAAACCAUGCUGUUGGUUACCAUACUGACUCUGUUUUAGUCUGCCAGGUUAAAACCAUGCUGUUGGUUACCAUACUGACUCUGUUUUAGUCUGCCAGGUUAAAACCAUGCUGUUGGUUACCAUACUGACUCUGUUUUAGUCUGCCAGGUUAAAACCAUGCUGUUGGUAACCAUACUGACUCUGUUUUAGUCUGCCAGGUUAAAACCAUGCUGUUGGUAACCAUACUGACUCUGUUUUAGUCUGCCAGGUUAAAACCAUGCUGUUGGUUACCAUACUGACUCUGUUUUAGCCUGCCAGGUUAAAACCAUGCUGUUGGUUACCAUACUGACUCUGUUUUAGUCUGCCAGGUUAAAACCAUGCUGUUGGUUACUAUACUGACUCUGUUUUAGUCUGCCAGGUUAAAACCAUGCUGUUGGUUACCAUACUGACUCUGUUUUAGCCUGCCAGGUUAAAACCAUGCUGUUGGUUACCAUACUGACUCUGUUUUAGUCUGCCAGGUUAAAACCAUGCUGUUGGUUACCAUACUGACUCUGUUUUAGUCUGCCAGGUUAAAACCAUGCUGUUGGUUACCAUACUGACUCUGUUUUAGUCUGCCAGGUUAAAACCAUGCUGUUGGUAACCAUACUGACUCUGUUUUAGUCUGCCAGGUUA